AUGCCAAACCGCAAGAGAAAGCCUAUCCCUCUAGCUCCCAAGCCCGCCAUUAUGAGAAGCAGGAAAAAAGCCAGACAAGUGACCACACUCUUUCACAAACUGACAAGAGAAAGAGACCACGCACUGGCUCAGAAGAAUACCGCAGAAGUCACACGGUUGGAUCGCCAACUGGAGGAGAUGGGAGGGCGAGAGGAGUACCAGCGAGCCAGUCAGUUAUCGACAUCCUUUCAUUCUACCAGUAAAUGGGUGAUAGGUGGUCUUGCUCGUUUUGGGUGGCUCCAUGGGAUACCAGUUGUCGAGACGACGAAAAAAGAUGGUGAUGAAGGACCGCAGAAGGUUGGGAAGAAGGGGAAGAAGAGGCGUCGCCCAACUCGUCUGUUGGAAGUUGGAGCCAUCAAUGCGGAAUUAUUAGAUGCUGCUGAACAGAAGGAAGUAGCAGACGGAAACGCAGUCGCAAAACCAAAGUACAAUUUGAGCGUCAGAGCAAUUGAUAUUCAUUCUAUGGACAAACGCAUUGAAGAACAAGACUUCCUGAAAAUUCCCUUUGCAAGCUCAGUCACAGAAGAGCGUUACGAUGUAAUUGUGUGCUCUAUGGUUCUAAACUGUGUGACAACACCGAUGGAUCGUGGGAAAAUGUGCGCUAGACUUUACCAUCAUCUUCGACCUGGAGGGAGACUAUUCCUGACAAUCCCGAAGUUCUGCUUGACCAAGAGUGCUUUCCUAACUCCAGAAUUGUUCCUCGAAUUGUUAGGAGAGAAAGGAGUUGGGUUUGAAAUCGAAGAGACUAAGGAGAGUCCACGGGUUUCUUUCUUUAUUUGUCGUCGCCCAGAAGAGCCAAGGACAGCCACGCUCAACAAGCUCUGGACCAAACAAAUUGUUAGGCGCAAGGGGAAGAAAUUUCCUAACCAGUUCUCUGUCAUACUCUCAGAGUCAUAUAUCCUCGACUCAUAA